UUCCAUUGUUUUUAAAAGAAUGCUUGUACGCUGUGAAACUAAGAGUAACCGAGUGAAGGGUCUAUGUUUUCAUCCGAAACUCAGUUGGGUUUUAGCUUCAUUACACAAUGGAGUUAUCCAGCUAUGGGAUUAUCGUAUUGGAACCUUAAUCCACCGUUUUGAAGAACAUGAAGGUCCUGUCAGAGGAAUAUCUUUUCACAUAUCUCAACCUAUGUUUGUUUCUGGUGGAGAUGACUAUAAAAUAAAAGUUUGGAAUUACAAUCAACGUCGCUGUGUCUUCACCCUGUUAAGUCAUUUGGAUUAUAUUCGAACUGUUGAAUUUCAUCCAGAAUAUCCUUGGAUACUUUCUUCCUCCGAUGAUCAAACUGUUCGUAUAUGGAAUUGGCAAAACCGUAGUUGCAUUGCGCUGCUCGCUGGACAUAAUCAUUACGUUAUGUGUGCUCAAGUAAGAUAUUUGCAUCAAUUAAAAAAAUUUACACUACCAAUAAAUGUACAGUUUCAUCCAAAACAAGACUUAGUUGUUUCUUCCUCGCUCGAUCAAUCUAUUCGAGUUUGGGAUAUUUCGGGAUUGAAAAAUAAAUAUUAUAAUAUUCAUACUACAAGUGGUUCAGAUAAUAACUUAAAUAGAUCCAAUACUACUAAUACUGGAUCAAAUUUACUUAUUCUGUCGGCCCAACAAUCCGAUAUGUUUGGAACCACAGAUGCUGUUUGCAAAUUUAUUUUAGAAGGACACGAUAGAGGGGUCAAUUGGGCUACAUUUCAUCCCACUGUCUCAUUAAUUGCUUCUGGAGGUGAUGAUCGGACUGUCAGACUUUGGCGAUUCAACGAUACCAAGUGGUGGGAAGUUGAUACAUUUAGGGGUCACACUAACAAUGUCUCCAGCGUCAUUUUUCACCCUACUAAAGAGAUAUUGUUGUCGAAUUCAGAGGAUCGGACAAUACGGGUUUGGGACAUAACGAAACGUGUUUUAUUGCAUACAUAUAGAAGAGAAAAUGAUCGUUUCUGGAUAUUAGCUGCUCAUCCUUCCUCUAAUCUCAUUGGAGUUGGUCACGACUCUGGUACUGUGAUCUUUAAGCUAUACAGAGAAAGACUAGCUUGUCAGGUGGUAGACAAAAAAAUUUUUUUUGUUAAAGAUGGAUGGUUCAGCUUUUAUGACUGCACAAGCAGUUCGAUAACAACACUUGUAGGAUGUCGUCGUAUAACAAAGGAUAUGGGGACUACAAAUGGUUGUCGUGCUUUAUGUAUUAAUACAUUUAAUCCAAAUUCAUUUGAAGUUCUGCUUACAUAUAAAGAUUCAGACACAACUGAAUACGACUUGAUCAAAUUUCCUUCUAUUGAAUCUGUUAUUUCGAGCCCGGGCAAUGCUAGUGUGCAACAAGGAACAACCAAAAGUAUCACCUUUUGUACCCGAAAUCGGCUUGCACGUUUGGACUCUAGUAAAUCUAUAUCUUUAUUGACUACUAAAUUAGAAUUCAAUAAGCGGCUUGAAUUGGAUGCUUCGAUAUCUGAAAUUUUUUUUGCUGGAAAUAAUAGACUUAUUUUGAAAUCCGAUGAAUCAGCCCUUUUAUACGAUGUGUAUGGAAAAACGAUUUUAGCAGAACUUAGCUGUCCAGGGGGCAUCCGAAAUGUUUCUUGGUCACACGACUUUAAAUAUGUAGCGCUGCUUUGCAAACACUAUGUAGUACUGGCAACAGCGGCAUUUGAGUAUUUGUCUUCUUUCUAUGAAACGAUUCGGAUUAAAGGCGCUGCUUGGGACCCUGCAGGUGCUUUUAUUUAUACUACAUUAUCUCAUGUCAAAUAUUGCCUUCCCAAUGGUGAUAAUGGUAUCAUACGCUGCUUAACAAGUCCUUUCUAUGUUGUCAAAGUAGAAAAUCAGACUAUGUGGGGUUACGAUGCUUUUACACAAACAAUCACUUCAAUGGCCUUAGAUUGUACAGAAUUUUUUUUAAAAAUUGCUCUUUCUCAGAAGCAAUUCAGUCAAGCUGCAUCACUUAUGCGAUAUGGCCGACUUUGCGGGAAUGCUAUUGUUAAUUAUUUACGAAAAAGAGAUCAUGCAAAUGUGGCUUUACAAUUCGUUACCAACCACGCAACUCGAUUUAAUUUAGCUUUAGAAGGUGGAAAUUUAGACGUAGCUUUUGUUGAAGCUGGGAAUUUAAAUGAUACAGCACUCUGGGACCGAUUAGCUACUGAAACAAUGCGUCAAGGGAAAUUCGAUAUAGUUGAAACUGUGCAUCAAACUACAAAAAAUUUUAACAAAUUAUCUUUUCUCUACUUCUUAGCAGGUGAUCGAGUGAAACUUGGGAAAAUGUUAAAAAUUAGUCAAAUGAGAGAAGACGUUCAGAGUUGUUUUUUUAACGCUUUAUUAUUGGGGGAUGUUGAAGAAAGGAUACGAGUUUUAACAUCUAUGGGUCAACUACCUUUGGCUGCAAUGACAGCUCGGUUAUAUAAAUUGGACGAUAUAUCUGUAGCUCUUGAGGAGGCAUUGGGUCGCGUUCAUUUGGAUACUACAAUCUCACCAACCGCAACACCUUUUCUUCCAAUUGAAACAGCUGUGUCUUUCAACGAUCACAUGAGUCUUGAUCAUAUAAAACCAUGGCCUCAAAUAAUCCAAGAAGAAAAACCUUUAAAAAAAUUCCAUCUUAGUGCUCUAGGUAUUUCAAAAGCUGUGGAUAGUAGUGAACUGUCAACUCAAUGGAACACUGACUCAAAAAGUACUCUUUUACCUACAUUUCCUCAAGGCUUACCACACACGCAGAAAAUCAAUGAUUUGUCAUUCGAUAGUUUGCAUACUCUGGAUGAAACAGAAGAGAUUACGGGAUGGAAAGAUGACGAUGCUAUAGAUAAUGGUGAUCUACUAAGCAUUGAUGAUAUUGACCCUGAAGAAAUUGAUUUAACUGAGAAGAUCAUUUCUUCUAAAUGUCAAAUAGACUCUGCCGAAACACAAAAUUUCAAAGUAGGAGAAAGCCCUGUAUCCUUAUGGUGUACCAAAGGAGCACACGUUUUUCGUUAUGUUGCUGCAGGUCGUUACGAUGAAGCCCUUGAAAUUCUUAUAAAAAAAAUUGCUUUAAUUAACGCGGAACCUCUUAAACCUUUUUUUCGAACUAUUACAUUGUCUUCGGUCGUUGAUUUAACAUUGCUACCGCUUUUACCUACUAAGCAACUGCAUUUAUUACAAACAGGAUCUUUUUCUAGUAAACGUCAUCAACCACUACCUUACAUUACAAUUAGUUCUUUACAAAAAUCUUUUAAUGAUGCAAGUCGUCUCUUGGUGGCUGGAAAGCUAACCGAGUCUUUACAAACGUAUCGGGAAAUAUUAUGGAAACUUACUCUUGCUGAAGCGUCGUCUAAAAAAGAAGAAGAAGAGCUUUUAGCUAUCUUAAAAAAAACACAAAUUUACGCUUUAGCAAUGUCAAUUGAAUGUUCACGUCAAGUUUUACCUGACACGGAUGUCCGACGAAACGUUGAAUUAGCUGCUUAUUUAGGCUGCUGUGAACUAGAUGAAUUUCACCAAUUUUUAAUUUGGCGAAGAGCUUUAUCUGUUGCGUGGAAAGCUAAAAAUUACAUGACAGCAGCCAUUUUUGCUCGAAAAUUAGUAGAAACCAAUUUUGGUAGCGGUACAAAAGGAUUUGAAAGUACAAUUUCUCAAGCAAAAAAAGCUUUGAAUGUCGCUGAGACACGAGGAACCGAUGCUUAUUGUAUCGAUUUUGAUUUUACAGAAUCAGAGAACUUUGUUUUAUGUACGUCAUCUCUAACACGUAUUACUACAUUGGAAAAUCGUAUACAAUGUCCUUUUUGCCGAAGUGUCGCCAAAGCUUCGUUUGAGAAGAGUCUUUGUUCUAUUUGUCAACUUUGUAGCUUAGGUGCCCAAGUUUCAGGUUUAAGCUUUCUGUCAAUGCAAUAGA